CUGCUAUGAGCGGAGUCCGCGUUAUAUACUCGGGCUGUUCGGAAGUCGCCUUAUUACCCCCUGGUCUCCCCGCCAUGGCAGAUAACCGGGACAGCGAGCUUAAGCCCCGGAGAGUGACCGACUUUGAAGGUCAGUCGGACGGAGGGCUGGGAUGCUGCGGCUGGAUAUUGGUCAUCUUCUCUUUCUUCCUGGUCAUUAUCACCUUUCCGUUAUCAGUAUGGAUGUGCAUAAAGAUUGUAAAGGAAUAUGAAAGAGCCAUUAUUUUCAGGCUGGGGCGCAUCCUGCGCGGUGGAGCCAAAGGACCAGGUCUCUUCUUCGUCCUCCCGUGCACCGACAGUUUCAUCAAGGUGGACAUGAGAACCAUUUCAUUUGACAUUCCCCCUCAAGAGAUUCUGACGAAGGACUCUGUCACCGUUAGCGUGGAUGGGGUCGUCUAUUAUCGGGUCCAAAAUGCCACCCUGGCCGUGGCCAAUAUCACCAACGCCGACUCCGCCACCCGGCUUCUGGCCCAGACCACUUUGAGGAACGUGCUGGGGACCAAGAACCUGUCCCAGAUCCUGUCCGACAGAGAAGAAAUCGCCCAUAACAUGCAGUCUACCCUGGACGUUGCCACAGAUGACUGGGGUAUUAAGGUCGAGCGGGUGGAGAUUAAGGACGUGAAGUUGCCCGUCCAGCUACAGAGAGCAAUGGCCGCCGAAGCCGAGGCCACCCGUGAAGCCAGAGCCAAGGUUAUAGCCGCUGAAGGAGAAAUGAACGCCUCCCGGGCUUUAAAAGAAGCCUCCCUGGUAAUCUCCGAAUCGCCAGCCGCCCUGCAGCUGCGCUACCUGCAGACGCUGACCACCAUCGCGGCGGAAAAGAACUCCACCAUCGUCUUCCCGCUCCCCAUCGACAUGCUGCAGGGCAUAGUCUCCGCGGGCAGGAAGUAAACCGUCGGGCACGAGACGCGAAACGCGCUGUCCCGUCCCUGUUGUUGGAGAGACGUUAGUCCUUCUCUGUUCUCUCUAACCAGAUUAUUCUAGAAGAUAUUUUUUAUCAUUUUAAGUGCUCUUUUUUGAUAAAACAAGUUGAAUUUUAAUGUUUUUUCCCCUAUUUGAAAACAAGUUGAAUUUUAAUGUUUUUUCCCCCUAUUUGAAAACAAGUUGAAUUUUAAUGUUUUUUCCCCCUAUUUGAAAACAAGUUGAAUUUUAAUGUUUUUUUCCCCCUAUUUGAAAACAAGUUGAAUUUUAAUGUUUUUUCCCCCUAUUUGAAAACAAGUUGAAUUUUAAUGUUUUUUCCCCCUAUUUGAAAACAAGUUGAAUUUUAAUGUUUUUUCCCCCUAUUUGGUAAAAAAAAAAAAAAAUUUAAAGCCAAGUUUCUCGGGUCCAGGAAUACCUCAGGUUGUCCCUUUACAUUUUUGUUAAUUCCAUAAAAAAAUCCAAUUCUUUCUCAAAUAAUUGCU